AUGGAUGAAGAUUCUUUGAUGUUGCAUCUUUAUGACUCUACUGUAGAAUGCUACGAAGAAUUGCUUGGAUUGUGUCAAACUGAUGGUCCAAUGAAUUCUAUGCAAAUCAAAUUAAAAAUGAACGAGUGUUCCCGAAAAAUGCAAAGCGUCAUAAACGCUGAAGAUAACAGUGGCCCAUAUGUGGUACAUUUAUUUCAGCUGAAACAACACAUGCAAACCCUAAUAAAAUUCGUUAAAACUAAGGAGAGCAAACGACUCGUACCGGACAAAAAAUCGACCUCUUCCAAGGAACUUGACCAAUUAGUCGAGGACGCUUUGGAGAGGCCCCGCGUACAAGGAUUCCAAGAUGUGGCGGGAAUGCGAGACAUUAAAGGGCUCCUGCUCAGUUUGAUAGUACUGCCGAAAACCCAAUCGCAAUUGUUCCAAAAUCAAAAAUUAUCCAAUAGUUUUCUGCUCUUCGGUCCGCCUGGUACUGGUAAAACGCAAGUCGUUCACGCCCUGGCUUACGAAGCCAACGCGAAUUUGUAUUGCAUUACAGCCGGUGAUCUCAUGUCGUCUUAUGUGGGCCAAACAGAGAAAAACGUGAAAUUUUUAUUCGAGUACCUCAGAAAAAAAGAUUCAUUAUCCCUACUUUUUAUCGACGAAAUAGACGGUUUUUGUAAAAAACGAUCUGAAUCCGAAAUGGACCAUAAUAGAAGAAUCAAAACGGAAUUGUUGUGCCAGAUUAGUCAAAUGGAUGACCAAUCGAACUUUUUUUUAAUAUGCGCUACGAAUUGCCCUUGGGAUUUGGAUUCGGCUUUUUUGCGAAGGUUCCACAAACGAUUAUACGUCCCUUUGCCAAACAGCGCUGAAAGAUGGGAACUUUUCGAAACGUUCAUCAAAAAUGCCCCUUCGAAAGUAACGUUUUUCGACAAUCGAGAAUUUUUAAUUUCCAACACGGAAGGCUGGUCUGGCUCCGAUAUAUCAGAUUUAGUACAAGAGACGUUAAAUGCUCGAAUUGUGGAGCUGCAGUACACGAAAAUCUGGAAAAAAUGUCCGGACGGCUUCUACGAGCCUCUAGAUGAAAACGGGCAGGAUUAUAACGGGAAUUUUACAUAUGCGGACCUUAAGGAUUUACCGUCUUGUUCGAUAAGGGCGAGAAACGUUGAAACGAAGGAUAUUUUCUUUGCGUUUGAGCACGCCAGUCCCACCGUUACCAAGGCAGAAGUACGAAAAUUUGAAGAUUUUUGCAAAGUUUAA